AUGCCCCCCCUCCCAGUGGGUCCCCCGCUUUGGCCGCUGUACCGCCGGCAGCCUGACCCUGAGCGCCGGAGGCCGCUGGGCCGGGAGGGCAAGUGGAGGGUGGAGGCACCGGUGGCACGGGGCGGUGGGGCGGAGGGUGCCAGCAAGCUGCCCGAGAGCCCCGCUGCCACCAAGACCCCCGGCAGUGUGGCCGUGCGGAGGGUGGAUGUCCGUCCCUGCGGUGCUCUGCAGGGCCAGGUGACACCAGUGCCUGCAUCCCCCGUCCCAGGCGGGCUGCCUGCAACCCCAGCACGGAUCUCGCCCGCCCGCCCCGACAGCGCCCGUCGACAGCCCGUGCUGCACCGCUCCAAGACGGACCUGAGCGACCGGCUCUCGCGGGCCACCGCCGACCUGGAGCGCUUCUUCAACUACUGCGGCCUUGACCCCGAGGAGGUGCAGGACAUGGGCGCUGAGCACUUCGCCCGCGCCAGCUCUGACAUCGUGUCCCUCAAGUUUCACAGCGUGAGCACGGCCAGCUCAGAGGGCGGCUGCUCGCCGCCCAGUGUCGCCACGCCGGAGGGGCAGCCAGCUGAACGUGUCCCCUAUGGCAUCUCCAUCAUUGAGCGCAAUGCCCGCGUCAUCAAGUGGCUGUACGGGCUGCGCCAGGCCAGGGAGUCCCAGCAGGUCUCCAACGUGUAG